AUGGUUGAAUCAUCCGAUCCAGAGAGAAAACCUUGCCAGGUCUUGUAUCAGAUGGGGGAGAUGAGCGUAAAAAAACACGGCCAGAAACAGAACACGAACUCCUCUCCCUCUCUCCCUCUCGCCCACGAACUCCUCGCCGCCAACACCACCCGCGCCGCCGGCUUCCGGCGAGCUCCGACGCCGCGCAGCACGCCCCCAAGGCCCCCACGGUCCGCGCCUCCCUCCCCUCCGUCCAGAUUCUCCGUUCCCGUCCUCUACCGUCCGCUCGCAACCAAACCCCCGUGGCUAGGGUUUCGGGCUGGGCUUCCCCGGCGCGUCUCCGGCGGCCCCAGAUGCAGAUGGAGCACGCCAUGGGAGUUCCCCAUCCACCACGGUCACCGCCGGCAAGUGCUUCUUCACGGAGAUGUGAAGGACGCCAAGGACCUGCAGCUACUCAAGCUCAUUUGUGUGUGCUUCAUGUAUAUGCUUAUGCUUUUGAUGCUGCUGGACUUUGGAAUGCAUCCGCACAGUAACUUUCUGGGUAUGCUUGCAUUCAGGUUGUCAUUAGUUACGAGAUGGUACAUCAGUGUCUCCACUCUAGAGAUGAAUAUAAUACGCCAAAACACAGAAAUUAUUCCGUUCAAAGUGAAUGACACGGCGUAAAUGAAACAUGCGCUGAGCCUACUAAUGCGACUACCAGUACUGUUGCACUACUAGAACCCAAUGGCAUGAUGGUGCAGCAAAUAUGGUUUUUUAUUAGAUAGUUUUCUGCACUGUAUAUGUGAUAAAUUCACAAAUUUAUGAUUUUGAGGUACUGGUGAAGGUAGAUUCAAAUGAGUGAUGCAAAUUCAGAAUUCCACAGGUAGUGCCUAUGACUGACUAAGGGUACAUGAGUUGGAAGAAAGUCCAAGCAGAAGGAACUCCUGCAGAUGCCCAGGCUGCUACUGUGCCUAUCUUAAGGGGAAAUGAAAGGACGAUGCGCCGUACAUUCUAGAUUAUUUAUCAGUGUUAAUCCGUAUUAACUAAUUUUAUAGCCAUUGUAAUUAGCAAUAGAGAAAUGUUUGCUGAUAUUUUUUACCUGCGAGACCAUAGUACUUUCUUGUUUUCUUUCUGUAAUAAGUGCGAGAUACGAGCAAUAAUAAUAUAUUGGAGUUUAUUCA